UUCCUCCUCAUUUCUCUAAAAUUCUCUCUCCCUUACACACGCUCUUCUUCUCUCUCUCUAUUUCUUCCGUUCAGAUCUGAUACGGCGGAGACAGAUGUCGUCGGCGAACGGGACGUUGUCGUAUUGGUGCUACAGGUGCACGAGGUUCGUCCGUGUCUGGGUCCAGGACACCGUCACUUGCCCGCACUGCGACACCGGAUUCCUUGAAGAGAUCGAAUCGGAGUCAACCCCGUCGUUCAAUCACAGCCAUCCCUUCUCUUCUCCGCAAUCUUACGGUCGAGAUUCUGGUCAAACACCGCCUUUGACUUCUCGCCGCACCCGCCGGGGAUCCACCCGCCGCUCAGCUUUUAACCCGGUUAUUGUCCUCCGCGGCACGGCAGAGGAAUCCGCUGGAGCCGACGGCGAGAGGACCAACAGCUUUGAGUUGUUCUACGACGACGGUUCCGGCGCCGGCCUGCGGCCCCUCCCGGCGAGCAUGUCAGAAUUUUUGCUGGGAUCGGGCAUGGACAGGUUGUUAGAGCAGCUGGCGCAGAUUGAGGUCGCCGGAUUUGGGCGGCCCGAGAACCCGCCGGCGUCGAAGUCGGCGAUAGAGUCGAUGCCGACGAUCGAGAUCGCCGACAGCCACGUCAGCUUGGAAUCGCACUGCGCCGUCUGCAAGGAGGCCUUCGAGCUCGGAUCGGAGGCCCGAGAGAUGCCGUGCAAGCAUAUCUACCACUCGGACUGUAUUCUCCCAUGGCUGUCGCUUCGGAACUCGUGUCCGGUAUGCCGACACGAGUUGCCGACGGAACAGGCUCCGGAGAGUGCGGAGCACGCGGUCGGCGGCGCUGACGAGGAGACCGUGGGGUUGACCAUCUGGAGGCUGCCCGGCGGUGGGUUCGCCGUCGGGAGAUUCUUCUCGGGAAGAAGAUCCGGCAGCGAGAGGGAAGUGCCGGUGGUGUACACGGAGAUGGACGGUGGGGUCCACUCGAAUGGGGCUCCGAGGAGGGUUUCGUGGGUGUCGAGAAGAAGCAGUGGACGGGAAAGCCGCGGAAUUGGGAGAGUUUUCCGUAAUAUGAUGUCGUUUUUGGGAAGGAUUAGGUCUAAUUCUAGUUCUAAUUCGAAUUCAAAUAAUUCGAAUUCUUCGUCUUCUUCGCCGUCGUCGAGGUCCGAUUCUGAAUCCGGCUCUUUUAGCCGGAGCCGGAGUGUGUCGAGCUCGGUCUUCGGCCGGCACGUGCGGAGGCGUAGCAGCAGAGCUUGGGUGUUGGAUGAUCAGAGUGGGAAUGAAAUGUGGUGAUUUUAGGGGGGGGGAAAAAAAAAACACAGGACGAAAAGAAAAUUUCGUUGAUUGUUUUAUUUAUUUUUUUUCUUUUUCUUUUUGUUUACCCGAAUGUGGGUUAAAUGGAGAAUGAUUAUGCAAGACAGGUUUUAAUCAAUGUACAUAGAAAUAUAGUUUGUUUUACUUUGGAUUUUCCGUAGUUGAAUGUGUUGUUGAAGCUCAA